CAGAGUCAAUCAUACUUCAGCAAGCAUUUGAAUAAACCUUGAAAAAUAUGGACGGUGUGAUGGACACGCUGCACGGGUUCGGGGUGAGCAGCACUUAUUACCUGCAAAACCAUUACAAAGACGCCCAGGGCUGGUUUCUCUUCGUCUCCUUCGCAGCCGAUCUGAGGAACACCUUCUUCAUCUUCUUUCCCAUCUGGUUCCACCUGAAAGAAUCCGUGGGCAUCAAGCUCAUCUGGGUGGCGGUCAUAGGAGACUGGCUCAAUCUGGUCUUCAAAUGGAUCUUGUUUGGAGAACGUCCGUACUGGUGGGUCCAUGAGGCUUCUUACUACACAAACAGCUCCGCACCUCACAUUGAGCAGUAUCCCAUGACCUGUGAGACCGGCCCAGGUAGUCCAUCCGGUCACGCUAUGGGUGCUGCUGGUGUUUACUACACGCUGGUCACGUCCAUCCUGACCAUAAUGCUGACAAAACAGAAGAAAUCCUCAUCUAAGAGCCUGUACUUGCGUACCUCGCUCUGGACGAUGUUCUGGAUGGUGCAGGUCUGUGUGUGUCUCUCACGAGUCUUCAUCGCAGCUCAUUUUCCACAUCAGGUCAUUGCCGGUGUCGUUUCAGGCAUGAUCGUGGCGGAGGCCUUUAACAGACAGCAGUGGAUCUACAGCGCCAGUCUGAAGAAUUAUUUCAACACGACUCUGUUCCUCCUCUCUUUCGCCGUGGGCUUCUACGUGCUGCUGAAGGUUCUGGGUGUGGAUCUGCUCUGGACGCUGGAGAAAGCUCAGAAGUGGUGCGUCAAUCCAGAAUGGGUCCACAUGGACUCCACACCGUUCGCCAGCCUCCUGAGAAACAUGGGCACGCUGUUCGGUCUGGGGCUCGGCCUUCACUCUCCGCUCUACACCGAGAGCAAGAAGAGCACAGGCGCCGGCGUCAGGACGGCCUGUAUCGCCGCCUCUCUAUUCCUGCUUCACCUGUUCGACUCCAUCAAACCUCCCACACACACGGCCGCUCUCUUCUACCUCCUGUCGUUCUGCAAAAGUGCAACCGUCCCUCUGGCCACCGUCAGCAUUAUCCCAUACUGCGUGUCUGGAGCUCUUGCUUUACAGAGCAAAAAACAGCUGUGAAUGACUGAAACACAUACAGCAACAUUGUGCGUCUGUUGUUGUGUAAGACUUGUGAAAGAGUCUUUUAGGAUUUUUAUAUGUUAGAUCCUUUGGGUCUAAAUGAGGUUUUGUAUUUGACAAAACAAGUUCUUUUUUGAGAACCGAGAGAAUAGAAGUGCAAUCUUUAAGAGGACUCAUUUUGUCCUUAACGUGUGUAUUUUUUUUAUGUUUUGAGUAAUAAUCUAUUUUUUAAUAAAAUACUGAAAAUAAAA